AUGCUCAUUUCCAUAAUCGACUCUAUUGCUAGCAGCCCUUUAACCCAGGAUACCAUGGAGGCCUAUACUCACGCUAUGAUAGUGCAUACCCAGUCCCAAAUAUCGUCUCUUGUUGGUCUGAGCGAAAGUCAUGGAACCAGCCACAGGGAUUCUGGUGAUGUUCCCACCAGCGGUGCGCUACACCAAGGGCCUGGUCCUCCCACAUCGCUGAGACCGAAGACAGACGGCACGCUUGCAAUUGCGGCGAAUAAUAUAUUUGAACUUAGCUCAUGA